GCGGGGUCCACGGGGCCAGCCCGGCCGGGCGGGGAUGCCGGGGCUGGGGCGGAGGGCGCAGUGGCUGUGCUGGUGGUGGGGGCUGCUGUGUAGCUGCUGCGGGCCCCCGCCGCUGCGUCCGCCCCUGCCAGCCGCCGCCGCUGGCGGGGGGGCGCUACUGGGGGACGGCGGGAGCCCGGGCCACGCGGAGCAGCCGCCGCCGUCCUCCUCCUCCGGCUUCCUCUACCGCCGGCUCAAGACGCACGAGAAGCGGGAGAUGCAGAAGGAGAUCCUCUCCGUGCUGGGGCUCCCGCACCGGCCCCGGCCCUUGCACGGCCUCCAACAGCCGCAGCCCCCUGCGCUCCCGCACCAGCAGCCUCGCGGGGAGCCCCCUCCCGGGCGGCUAAAGUCCGCACCCCUCUUCAUGCUGGAUCUGUACAACGCCCUGUCCAACGACGACGACGUGGACUCGGCGUUGGACGAGGAGAGGAGGCAGUCCGGGCCCCGUGGAGGGGCCAGCGCGUCCCAGCUUCGGCAGCCGCCCCCCGGAGCUGCGAACCCCCUCAACCGCAAGAGCCUCCUUGCCCCGGGAUCUGGCAGCAGCGGAGCGUCCCCACUGACCAGCGCUCAGGACAGCGCCUUCCUCAACGACGCGGACAUGGUCAUGAGCUUUGUGAACCUGGUGGAGUACGACAAGGAGUUCUCCCCUCGCCAGCGACACCACAAAGAGUUCAAGUUCAACUUAUCCCAGAUUCCUGAGGGUGAGGCGGUGACGGCUGCAGAAUUCCGAAUCUACAAGGACUGUGUUGUGGGGAGUUUUAAAAACCAAACUUUUCUUAUCAGCAUUUAUCAAGUCUUACAGGAGCAUCAGCACAGAGACUCUGACCUGUUUUUAUUGGACACCCGCAUAGUGUGGGCCUCAGAAGAAGGCUGGCUGGAGUUUGACAUCACAGCCACGAGCAAUCUGUGGGUUGUGACUCCACAGCACAACAUGGGGCUUCAGCUGAGCGUGGUGACUCGGGAUGGACUCAGCAUCAACCCCCGAGCCGCAGGCCUGGUGGGCAGAGAUGGCCCUUAUGACAAGCAGCCAUUCAUGGUGGCCUUCUUCAAAGUGAGUGAGGUCCACGUGCGCACCACAAGGUCGGCCACUGGUCGGCGCCGCCAGCAGAGUCGCAAUCGCUCUACCCAGUCCCAGGAUGUGUCCCGGGUCUCCAGUGCUUCAGAUUACAACAGCAGUGAACUAAAAACAGCCUGUAGGAAACAUGAGCUUUAUGUGAGUUUCCAAGACCUGGGAUGGCAGGACUGGAUCAUCGCACCCAAGGGCUAUGCUGCCAAUUACUGUGACGGAGAAUGCUCCUUCCCACUCAAUGCACACAUGAAUGCGACAAACCACGCGAUCGUACAGACGUUGGUUCACCUUAUGAAUCCUGAGUACGUCCCCAAACCAUGCUGUGCACCAACGAAACUAAACGCCAUCUCGGUUCUUUACUUUGAUGACAACUCCAAUGUCAUCUUGAAAAAAUACAGGAAUAUGGUUGUAAGAGCUUGUGGAUGCCACUAACUCAAGUUGCUGGGGACACGAAAACUGCCUUGGAUCCCUAGACUCCAUCUGCCUUAAUACACACAGAAGCACAGUGAAAGUGAGAUGAUGCUCUGAAGCCAUCUCAUGCUGGCUGGUGCCUUAUUGCCCAAGGAAGACGUUCAAGGACCUCAUUAAUGAUUUGCCCACGUGGUAAAUAACGUGAGUAGUUGUUGGUCUGUAGGAAGCUGUUUGAAUGUCUAUUGUAUGAAGUCCAGGAACUGCAGAAACAUACCUUGGAAGAGUUUCCCCCUUCCCUUCCACAAACGCCCACCAAAAUUAGUUUUCACUUUAGAUCAAGCUGUGUGUGGUGUUAGUUAAGUAAACAGGGAAAAUAAUCUUAAAGGAGUAAAAGUAUUCUUGGCUAAAGUAUCGGCCGGUUUAGUAGUUUCUCAAAAGGUAGAUUUUACAGAUAACAGAAAUUGGGUGAAAAUACCUCUAUUCAUAGAUUUCAUUCCCAGGAAGGUCAAUUUCAUGUAGGCUCAACAGCCUGGGCUCUGUGGAAGUGCCUUCUGUCUCUACUCGGUUACGCGUUUGUGCUGGCGUUUUGUGGGUGUGAACAUAGAUUUCGGUUAAAAGAAACCGUGUGAUUUCUGCACCUCUGUCCUCCCCCACUUGCUGUUUUCUUUGCUAGGACCAAAAGUAGACCGCCCAUACUGGGAGGUGAGGCUGCGAGGCGUGAGAAGCAUUUUUAAUAGCCAUCAUUGUAACCGUGUAACAUGCGAAAGCAAGUCUGUGCCUCUUCUUUUUUGGAAUGGCUCUCUGAAAAGCACAUUAACUUCAAGAGCGCUGGCUCUAAUUGCAUCUAGUUCAGUAAAACAGUUCUUCCCCGUUUACUAUAUAGCAUAUCAUGUCGCAGGGUGAGAACCAACCAAGGAAAUAAAAUGCGGAAGGGGCUCCCAGCCUUUAGGAAGGCGUUUGGAUGGCCAUGCUGUUUAUGAACUGAAAUCAGUUUUCUCUUGUAGAAAGUGAGACUCAGAUUAAAUCUUAGAAUAUUUUUAAAAUGUCUUUCUCACAAUCAUGUAC